AUAAAUAGGGUAAAGGAAGCAACGAGCGAGAGCCAUCAUCGCCCCUUUGACGAAAAGAAGCAUUCAUCUUCCUCCUCUUCUUCUUCCCAUUUCCGUCAACAACACCAUGAGUUCGGCAGCUCGUAGAAGCGGUGGACUUUUCGAAGGACUGUACAAAGUCCUCAUGCGCCGUAACUCCGUUUACGUCACUUUCGUCAUCGCCGGCGCUUUUCUCGGUGAACGGGCGGUGGACUACGGAGUUCAUAAGCUCUGGGAGAACAACAAUAUUGGGAAACGGUAUGAGGACAUUCCGGUUCUUGGACAGAGACCAACCGAGGAAUGAGACGAGCAUAUGUCUUGAUUACCUUUUGUGAUUGUUUUGUCGUCUUUUCAAGAUUCUAGAAGAGGCCAUAUGAAACUUUUAAUAAGUAUGUAUGUUUGUUCAUGUUGUGAGAUUGUUUACCAAAUUCACUAAAUGCUGCAUCUUUUAAAUGGUUUUUGGGCAUGGUUUUA